GAGAGGAGCAGCAGCACAGCAGGGAAGGGAUUGGGUUUCUCCCUGUAAGAGAUCUCUCUGACCACCAUAGAUUCUGUUUCUCCUCCCCUGUGACACUAUACACGCAACAUUUCACCAAGAGGAACAACACUCUUCUGUGGGAUCAUGAUUUAUUUUUACUUUUCAAUCUAUAUAGUAAACUCAUGGUGAUUGUCAGGUGCGCACCGCGGUCGCUGCCCGGCGUCGUGUUACCUUCCCCGGGGCACCAUGGGCUCGUAAAAUGCCUUCUCUGUGGAAACGGAUAACGUUCUCGGUGGCCUCGGUGCUCUGUGUCGGCUCGGUGGUCCUCCUGGUCGUGGCCCUGGCCACGGAGCGCUGGGUCAUCGGGCGGAUCCUGUGUAAAACAGGGGCGGAGAUAGUGAACGCAUCCCACCCGGAGCUGGAGCAGUUCGUUGGGGACAUUUACUUCGGUUUGUUCCAGGGAGGGAAGAGCAAGAGGUGCGGGCUCGGGAGGAGGCGCUCCAAAAUAUUCAUUUUCCCAAAGCUCGUGCGAACAUUGAACAGCGGCCUUCACAUGAUGGUGAUCCUCUUCCUGCUGGUGGCCAUCGGCUUUGCUCUGGUCAGUCUUUCUUUCUGUAUUUACAACGCACGCAAGAUUCCCUACCAGAGCAUCAAGGGGCACAAAGGACUCUACCUGUGGAACUUAAUAGCUGCUCUUUUCGGUGCCCUAGGUGUUUUGUGUUUCCUGGCGGCCCUGAGACACCACAGUCUGACAGAGCGGGUGGCAAACUACCAGGAGAACCUCUUCGUCCUGGUUGUCCUGGACGACGGCCUGGACUGGUCCUUCUGGCUGGGUGUGGGGAGCAUCGCGACUCACUUCGCUGUCUGCGGAGUCGUCGCCAUGAGUCGGAUCAAGCUGCCCAAACCAGAAGUCAAGAAACCGGAGGAGCCCACCAUCUCUGCUCUGGACCUGCUCUACUAAAGAACCAAACAAGGAGCAUCAUGUCAGCACUUACAUCACGUAUGAUGUUUUCCAUGUGGAAACAAACACUGUGCCAGAGCACCUGUGUACGGAUUUUACACUAUUUAUGACCAAUUGCAACAAUUAUACAGUUAUGGCUUUGCAGUCUCAAACAAUACAGAACUCGUUCUUUUUUGCAAGAGUUAUAAAUGAACUGAAUGAUCCUCGUCUGCAUUACUGGAUUCAAAGUGUCUGAGCAUCCUGUGCUGUAUAUUCUGUUUAUAGCUGCAUGUGUAAAUACACGAUUAGUUUUUCUUCAUAUGUUCAAAAUGUCAGUAACAGAUUUGUCACAUUUCUUAGAAUAAAGUCAGAAGUCAGUGUUUGAGUAAUAUCUUUACAGGAACUUGGUUGCAAGGCUUGAACAUACAUUUCAUAGUGAGAGAAGGGUGUAUAUAUUUAAUCAUGUUUAGAUGAAACUGUCCAAGUAAAGAUCUUUGAGUUUUCAUUUAAUUUAACUUGGUCGUAAGAGUUGCUCACAUCUGAAGACAGAUUUUGUGCACAUUCUAAAAAUCUGUGCAAAUAAUCAGUUGUGUUGUUGUUUCUAUGGAAAAAAUGCACUCUCCUGUGAUGAGUCCAAUUAAUGUCUUCAUGUAUUUUCUUCAAGAUUUUUCUCAUAUUCAGGGAAACAAGCUGGAAAUGAACAAAUCUCUGUCAAACAAUAAUGAACUGUGAAACAAACAAAUAAACAA